CGACUCAGGUACAGAGGCUUGUCCUGCUCACAGUGUGAAUAGCAGGUGAAACCGGGGGCAGGGGAGAGCAGGCCUCGAAUCCGCCCCUGAGGUCGGGGUGAGGACAGGCUAUUAGAAGGCAGAAGCCAGGGGCAGCCAAGCUGGAUGUGCGCGGGCACACAUUGCACCAGACGUUGCUUUUCCUUUUGAUUGUUUUCAAAAUGCGCUUUCCUGACCCAGGGUAAACUCAGAUGACGUCAAAAAAGGGGAAAAGACGACUAUGAUGGCUCACCAGCACUCAUCGUGGAUCUUCGUCAAUGACAGGACAUUCGUUACGGGGGAACAACUUAAUUCUUUAUUGAAGAACUAUAAUAUUUUUUAUGGGAACCAGAAAAAUCUGCAUAUUUUAUAUGGACAGACAGAAGAUGGCGAACUAAUUGUUGAAGGAAUGUUGGACAUUUCCUGGGGAGUAAAACGGCCUAUACAACUGAAAAUCCGAGAUGAGAAGCAAAUCCCUUCUUUUACUAUGUUGAGAUCACCAGAUGUCUUUUCCAAAAGGGGAAUGACACGCUGGGGGGAGUUUGACGAUCUUUACCGUAUUAGUGAUCUGGAUAGGACCCAGAUUCCAGAGGCUGAAGCAACAGUUUCCCAAGGAGAUUAUUUAUCUUAUCACAGUAGCACUCUGAAGCCUUAUGCAGAAGAAGAGCCAGAAUCCCCAUUGCUCUAUCGAACCAUGAGUGAAGCAACCCUGGUGAGAAAAAGGAUGAAGUCUCCAAUGAUGGACAGAAAAGAGAGACAGAAGCAUAGGGCCUCUAUUAAUGGGCACUUCUAUAACCAUGAAACUUCGAUUUUCACUCCAGCCUUUGGAUCAGAAACUAAGGUCAGAAUAAAUAGUAAUAUGAGGACUGAAGAAGUAAUAGAGCAACUUCUCCAAAAAUUUAAGAUUGAAAACAGUGCCCAAGAUUUUGCACUUUACAUUACUUUUGCAACAGGUGAGCGGAAACGGCUAAAGAAGACAGAUGUCCCACUACUGCAUAGGCUCCUACAAGGACCUUCCAAAGAGAAUGCUCGCAUUUUCCUCAUGGAUAAAGAUGCAGAAGAAAUUAGCAGUGAUGUAGCUCAGUACAUUAACUUUCAUUUUUCUCUCCUGGAAUCCAUCCUUCAAAGAUUAAAUGAAGAAGAAAAGAAAGAGAUCCAAAGAACAAUAGCCAAAUUCAGUACAGAAAAGGCUAUUAUACUGAAAUGUCUUCAGAGUAAACGGGCAGUAAAAACCGAAACAACGGUUUAGCAGUACAGCCUGCAAUUGCUGAAACACUUCAACAAAAUCAGAGGGAUAUUACUAGUUGACGAGUGCGCGCAUUCGAUACUCGAAUACAUAUGAACUUGGAUUUGUAGGCAAUUUAAUGUUGAAGAAGCCUGUCUGUCUUUGAAGUGAUGAGCUUAGCUAGGGUUCAUAGCUGCACUGAAAGGGGCUUGAAUUUAGUUUCAGUAACUGGAACAAGCUUGGAUACUGUGUAUUCCAAAUGCUUUAAAACACUCAAUGAACUCGAAUCUAAACGGUGUCUUCAGAUGUCAAGUGCCCUAAACUUCUUUUAGCUUGAACCGUCAGGAGAACUAAAAUGUCAUCGACUGAUUAUCGGACAUGAUUCAGAAGUAAAAGCAGCCAGCUCUGCAGAUACAGAGGCAUAUUCUUACCCUACCAAGGAACUGCAUGGUAAGAGUGUUUCACAGCUCCCUGAAAGCUCUAGCAUCUUUGAGAAAUCCAGGACUGUCUCUUUAUAGUCCAUGACUUUGGGCCAUUUGUAACAUCAGAGCUAGUGGUCCUUUGGGUUGGAAAAGAUUAUGGACUCUUAAGAAAUCCGAAUUGGCAAUUUUCUCAACCUGAACCUCCUUUCCCUCACUCUUUCUACUCAUGACUUCCAAAGUAUUCUUGAGCAUUUUUUUUUAAAGUCAGUUGAAUUAGUUUUAUUUUUCCAAACAAGUCUACCACAGACACCUCAUAUAUUUAAUCAGCUAGGACGAGAUUUGGCCCACAGUAACCGUUUGUUGCCGAAUGAAAACGAAGGAUAAUGCAAAACUUGUAGCUGAUGGCAGGCAAGGAAUCUGGAGCUCUGCUCUUUUUAUCCAAGACAACUCAUUCCACGGUAUGAGUUACUUGAAAGUCUGCUAAAACCAAUUGGAAAACAAACAAAAAAUAAAACCACUGAGAAUGCCACAAGUAUCAUCUCUGAUUUUAUUUAUGAACUCUAUGUUAGAUUGGAGUUUUAUGCAACACUGUUCCAUUCUCUAAGCUACUUUCAUUUGUAUUCCUCAAAAGCGUUGUAUUAAAUUGUUUGGAUACGUUGCAUGUACUAAGGGAUAAGGGUUGUAUGUAAUAAGCCCAAG